GACAUCCCACCAUUUUUUAUUGGAUGGGGCGAUUGGGGUAUUUAUUUCAGAGAGUUUGUGAGCUUUAGAUAGCUGACAUGGGACUGUGUUAGGUGUGUUCCUUGUGUUUUCUGCAGUGUAGUUUCUCAUUUGGGAGACUGCAAACCAUAGUUUCAUUGCCUUGCGAGAACUCUAGAACAUGAAAUUUUCGGACUUCAUUUAAUAUUGGCAUUGGCUGCUCUGAGAUCCCUUCCAUUGGUGGAAUCAAUUGCAGCAGGAUACUGCAGUGGACAUGUGAAAAUUAAGGAUGUUAUAAUACAAGGAGUUGCUAUGGUCCAUGGGGAGAGAGCAGUAUUUUUGAAGUUUUUUUUGUUUUUUGUCGAACUUUUGAAGUUCUCAAUAAUUACUUUUAGUGUUUGGUAAUAGCAAUCUACACAGCGGGAAUACAGCUAACACAGCCUUGAAUUCAACCCAUUUAUGCAUCUAGAAGUCAAAGUCAGGACAGAAAAGUCUAAGUCAACUAUGUGAAAAGAUCAAAGGAAUAAUGCAAUGUCAGCUUUUCAACAUGAACAGAGAAUGCUGCAGGCCUUUUGGUCAACAAAAAUGGUGUAUUAAUAAGAAUAGUUCCUUCUUUGCUUUCCAAGAUUAUCAAUUAAAAUUCAAAAUUUCGAAUCUAACUAGAGGUGCUGAUGGGUGUUAUUGGUGCAUCACUUUCCUUUCUUAUCUUGACACUUUCCUUCUGGACGAAUAUGAGCUCUUCUCAGAUUUUAUUUCAGGGAUUCAAUUGGGAAUCAUGGAAAAAAGAAGGCGGAUGGUACAACUUUUUAAGAAACUCUAUUCCUGAAUUGGCUAGUUCCGGCAUUACACAUGUUUGGCUCCCUCCAUCUUCUCAUUCUGUUUCAGCUGAAGGUUAUUUGCCGGGAAGGCUCUAUGACCUCAAUGCAUCACAAUAUGGAAACCAAGAUGACCUAAAAGCUUUAAUAAGGGCCUUCCACAACGUGGGGAUUCAGUGCAUAGCAGACAUAGUUAUAAACCAUAGGUGUGCUGAGAAGCAAGAUGAUAGAGGAAUAUGGUCAAUAUUCGAAGGAGGGACUCCAGAUGAUCGGCUUGACUGGGGGCCAUCAUUCAUUUGCAGUGAUGACACUCUGUACUCUGAUGGAAAAGGAAAUCCUGACACUGGAGCUGACUUCAAUGCUGCUCCAGAUAUUGAUCAUAUAAACCUGCGGGUGCAAAGAGAGCUAUCGGAUUGGAUGAAUUGGCUAAAGAAUGAAAUUGGUUUUGAUGGGUGGCGAUUUGAUUUUGCAAGAGGAUAUUCACCAAGUUUUACUAAAAUAUACGUGGCAAACACUAAACCAAGUUUUGCAGUAGGGGAAAUAUGGAAAGAUCUUGCUUACGGAAAUGAUGGAAAGCCAGAAUACAACCAGGACGCUCAUCGGCUUGAUAUUGUGGAAUGGAUCCGAGUUGCUGGUGAAGAUGUUACAGCAUUUGACUUCACAACUAAAGGAAUACUCCAAGCAGCCAUUGAAGGUGAGCUAUGGCGGUUGAAUGACUCAAAUGGAGGACCUCCUGGAGUGAUUGGCCUGUUGCCAGGGAGUAGUGUCACUUUUAUUGACAAUCAUGAUACAGGUUCCACGCAAAAUCAUUGGCCAUUUCCAUCAGAUAAAAUCAUGCAGGGAUAUGCUUACAUUCUCACCCAUCCAGGAAUCCCGUCAAUAUUCUAUGAUCACUUUUUCGACUGGGGUCUGAAAGAAGAGAUUUCAAAGCUUAUUGCAAUCAGAACCAGGAACCAUAUCAGACCAAAAAGUGUUCUGCGAAUUCUAGUGAGUGAUGCUGAUCUCUACGUGGCUGUUGUAGAUGAGAAGAUCAUUGCCCAGAUUGGACCAAGGUCUGAUAUUGGAAACCUUGUUCCGCCGACAUUCCAACUUACAGCUUCUGGACAAGAUUACACUGUAUGGGAGAAAAAAAAUAUUAGGAGGUAAAUUAUUAACAAAUGAAUUGUUCAUUCAAUUAGUUGAUGACAAUGUGUGAAACUGUGUUUAGCCCUCAUGAUAAGAUUCCAAGUUUAUGUUUUCAAAGAUUGUGAUUGAAUCCAUUUACUGUCUUUACACAUGGGUUAUGUAAUAAACUGGAACAUUGUAUUUUUCAUCA